AUGGACUCCAUCGCCCACCUCACCCAGAAACUCCUCCGAGAGCGAGCCCGCAACAAUCAACUCCCAGAAACUGCACCACCUCCCUACUCCGAAUCAGACAUGGAGGACUCUGACGACGACGACGACGAUCAAGACGAGGAAGAAGCUGAACCAGUCAAGCUCACCAUCAACUCCGCCCACCGGAUCCACGGCUCCAACAACCUCGUACCCACCUCCUCAACCCCUCUGGCCGACGCAACCAAAUUCAGCACACUCCUCCUCCACGCCAUCAACCAGAUCAACGCCGCCAACGCCAAUGCGAGAGACUCGCGACGACGGCCUCUGAAGGUCAAUCUGACGAUCAACUGUGGUCUGGAGAUUGUCGGGGAUCGGAACGUAGUUGGAGCGGUGGGAGUCAAGCCGAAGGUGAAUGUCGGGGGAAACGCUGUGCCGAGCUCUGUGGCUGCUGUCGCUGGUGCGAAGCGUAAGGCGGAGGAUGCUGGCGAGGAUGUGGCCGAGCCGGAGAUGAAGAAGGUCGCCACGGGCCAAAGCAUGGAGGAGUGA